GCGCACAGGAGUUGGCAGGGACCCGGGCCGAGGGCGGGCCAGAAGACGCGUCGUUUGGCUUGGGACAGGGACGCCGAGUCGUCUGGGUUCAACCGCUGGGCGGCCGAGAGCUUUUGUCAGGGGCCUGGGCGAGAACGAGGCCCGCGAGGUUCCCGAUGGUGUCCAUGACUUUCAAGCGGAGCCGCAGCGACCGGUUCUACAGCACCCGGUGCUGCGGCUGUUGCCAUGUCCGCACCGGGACCAUCAUCCUGGGGACCUGGUACAUGGUGGUCAACCUGUUGAUGGCAAUUUUGCUGACUGUGGAGGUGACUCAUCCAAACUCCAUGCCAGCUGUCAACAUUCAGUAUGAAGUCAUUGGUAAUUACUACUCAUCUGAGAGAAUGGCUGAUAACGCCUGCGUUCUUUUUGCCGUCUCCGUCCUUAUGUUUAUAAUCAGUUCAAUGCUGGUGUAUGGAGCGAUAUCUUACCAAGUGGGCUGGCUGAUUCCCUUCUUCUGCUACCGGCUUUUUGACUUCGUUCUCAGUUGUCUGGUGGCCGUCAGCUCUCUCACUUACUUGCCAAGAAUCAAGGAAUAUCUGGAUCAGCUACCUGAUUUCCCCUACAAAGAUGACCUCCUGGCUCUGGACUCCAGCUGCCUGCUGUUCAUUGUGCUUGUGUUCUUUGUGGUCUUCAUCAUUUUUAAGGCUUACCUAAUCAACUGUGUUUGGAACUGCUACAAGUACAUCAACAACAGGAACGUGCCGGAGAUUGCCGUGUACCCUGCCUUUGAAGCGCCUCCACAGUACGUUUUGCCAACCUAUGAAAUGGCCGUGAAGAUGCCUGAGAAAGAGCCGCCGCCUCCUUACCUGCCUGCCUAGGACGUUCUGCCUUGUCAAUAAACCCUAUACCAGCUUCUUGUCUUGUUCAUUUUACAGAAAGCUGCAACGCGGGGCUCUCAAGACUUGUUUGAUAUAAAGUGCACUGUCUUGUCUGAGCAUUUAUUUUCAAACACUAAGGAGCUUUUGGACAUUUAUGAAAACCUUUUGUUAAGUAUCACAUUUUAGAGACUCUUGGAAGACAAUCUAGGUUAAGCAAGAGCAAAGUGCCAUUGUUAGUCUUUAACUGAGGGGGAGGGAGGGGAGGGGUAGUCUCCAUAUUUUCUUUUUUAACUUUGCACUUUCUUUGUAUAAUGGUUUGUGUUUCAGAUGUUUGAUGCCCUGGAUAUUUUCAGGAGAGUGAAUACAGUGUUUAGAAUGGAUGAGUUGGAUGUAAGAUCUGCAGUUUCCAGCUCUCUGAAACAGGAAACGUAAUAGCAUUUUGACUUGUCCAUGGAAGAUGGUGGUUGCAUGCUUCUAAUUUGUAUGUUUCCAUCUUUGUGAUAAGAUGCUUUAAUAAACCUCUCAAAUUUUA